AUGUCUCCAGUAAAAGAAAUAGAAAUUCCGUCUUUCGACAACCUCACUCUUGACCCCUCUGGCCCCAAGGGCAAUACCUGGGGCCUCUUUGGCAAAGACAACCACCUGGGUAUGCUGAAUCUGCUCACACCAGACGUUGUCAAGCGGGCAGCAGCAGAGGAGAUAAAAGACGGAGUUCGCUUCUCACUGGACUGGAAGCUGAAUGCGUUGCAUAAGCCUGCAUUUGGCCGACAGUCGUUCGAGCAGAAAAUUCAUAACAAGGCACCUAGAUCAGUGAACGACGAUGUUUUGGUAUUCAAUACCCAGUCGAGCUCGCAGUGGGACGGAUUUAGGCAUUUUGGAAAUCAAGCGCACAAGGUAUUUUACAACGGGACGACACAGGAGACCAUUGAGAGCACCAACAUCCUCGGAAUUGACACAUGGGUAGACAAUGGUGGCGUUGUUGGGCGCGGUGUUUUGCUCGACAUUGCCUCUUACGCCGAAGAACAUGACAUUAUAUUUCCUCCUUUCGAGAGCACUGUCAUUCCACUCAAUGUCGUCAAACAGGUCGCCGCAAAGGAACAGGUUUCAUUCCGGCCUGGGGAUAUACUUUUCAUUCGCGUUGGAUUCACCAAGGCAUACGAAAACCUUCCCGUCGAGGAAGGCAUCGCACUUGGUCAACGACCAGUCUCGAAAUUCGUAGGAAUUGAGUCCAGCGAAGCCACUCUCCGAUGGCUUUGGGACAACCAGUUCGCCGCAUUGUUCAGCUGUAUUCAUGGCUCUCGCCACGCAUAG